AUGGCGCAUAAGCCGUUCUGGGGAGAGCUGGAACACGUCUCACCUUACUGCCUCGCAUACAACACAAUGAAGUACAAAGCGCGGUUGUGGAACGUGCCGUUGGGCGGGGACUGGCUGGAGGCAUGCCAGGGAACAUUACAGGAAAUACAUGGUCGCACAAUCGAGAAACCUGAAAGGUGCGAGAAUCGGGGACAGAAUGAAGGAUUCUGGGGGUAUUGGCGUGUUGACUUCGAUGAACCAGAGUGCAUCACCAAAUGGGGCACGACCUGGGAUAAGGGAUGCGUCCGCCCUGGCGUUCACGUCGUCGAGGCACCGAUGUGGGGCCAGAAGCCCAACGACGACUGGUACCAGAUGUGCUGGACCACGCCGGGCCAUCUGCCCGGUAUGUCUGGCGAUCUUGGUUUCCCCAACGAUUGUCAGCAGCGAGGUAAGAGAGGCGGAGGAAUGGUUGGCGUGUGGGAGUUCCAUGAUGGAAAUUGCUAUUAG